GGUUAAUAAUUUGUAAAAAAAAGAGUUUCGGUAGGUUCACAUCUAUUCAUUGUAUGCCUUUUCCUUAUGUGUUAUUUCAUUUUUCUCAUUUAUAUAAUUUUUCUAAUUUAUCUAAUAAUUCUAAUUUAUCUAAUAUUUCUAAUUUAGAUAGUUUUUCUAAUUUUUUCAUUUUAAUUUUCAACCCCGCGCAAAACCAAUCCUUCACUUGACAUUCCGCGAGAAUAGCAUUUUUUUUUAUAAAACAUUUUAGUGGUAUGAAAUUUUUUCUCUCGAAAUAUACCAAACUGAUAUUCUGUAAAAUUUUUAAGAAAUUAGUAAUUGCUUCAAUUUUAUUCUCGCAAGUAACUUUCUCCAUUUUUCGAGAUAAAAAAAUUCAAAAUGUUGAGCUCACCCAGGGUUGCGUUCUCUUUUUUCACAAUGAUGAAUUUUGUGCUGCUGAAUAGUGGUAUCAAUCAAAAUGGAAAAUCCUUGUCAUCACAACUAGAUAUAAGGGCAUCCCCAAGACAGCUGUCCCAAUUUACAGGUCGUGCUAGUGCGUAUGCUGAUCCAAGUGAGCUAAGUCUUGACUUUGAUGAUAAUGAGUUCAGCUGUGAAUUAGGUAAAGAAGAUAUGGAUGAUGGUACUUCUGGUCAAGUAGAAAAUAUCGAAUCGGAUAAAAAGGACCAAGUAAGAGGAAUAGAAGAAAUGGGAAAACUAGAUGAAUUUGUAAAUCUGACAGAACUGGGAAAACUAGAAGAAGAUGGAAAAGAGGAAGAAUGGGAGGAAGAAGAACAAUACGAUGAAGAAGACGAUGAUGAAGACGAUGAUGAUGACCUAGAGGACGAUGAAGGAGGAAUAGAUAUAGAAUCCAUAUUGAAAAAGCAUGUUCACGUUGUGCCGAAAGAUAAAGUCGAGCCUCUACUGAUUGAAUGUAGCAGAAUUCAAACAUCAGACUUCCAAAGGGUCAUGGAUAAUUUAUCGAGCGAACUGAAUAAAUUAUCCUCGAAAUAUGGAAUGUCAGAGGAAGAGAAAAAGAAAUUGUGGAAUGAAUGUCAGGAAGAAAUAUCUAAAGAUUUAAAAGAAGUAGAUGAUUAUUAUGAUAAAUUUUAUGAUAUAAAUAUGCAGGCCGAUUCAGUAGCAACCGCUUCUUUCGUUUCAUCCAUAACGAAUUUUCUCAACAUGUGGACAAACAGUAUAGAUAAAACUGAGAAAAAAUGGUGCGCCUUUUUUAAAGAGAAGGCUCAAGAAUAUAAAGGAACUGCGCAAGAAAACGUAUCGGAUGCACAAGUCAAUGGAUCAGACACUAAGGAAUCAAAAGAGUAAUGAGCUGAACUCAUCUGGUCGUCAAUAGGAUAAAAUGUAAAGGAUGUAAUAGAACAAAUGUUUCCUGCGCAGCGCUAAUUUGUGCAGCAAUUUAACUAAAGAGUGGAAAAAUAAUGGCUGCGUUAUUGUAAGUGUAUUAGAAUUGAUGAAAUGAAAAAGCAAAAAAAAAAAAAAUUCUUUCCAUAUAUACAAAGCAACAAAGUGGAACAAUUAUGAAAUUCAAUUUAAUAUUUUAUCUGGUACGAAUAUUUAUGCGCCCUUUUCGUCCCAUUUCAGUGUCGCAAGAAAUGCCUAUACUUACAAUAGUACUCGGAAUAAAUAUAUAUGUACAUACACAUACACGUGCAUAAGCAUAUCACAUUUAUGUGGCCUUUACUUUUUUUACGAAAUGUUGAUCGAGACUAAAGUAAGAUACCGUUUUGACAGUAACCAAUAUGUUCAUUUUUCUAUUGUCUUUUUUUUUUUUUUUGUGCCAUUCUUUCCGUUACACAUAUGGGGAUAAAUAAUCAUGUAUUACUUCAGCUGAUUAGUACUAUAAACUUGUUCCACUCCCCCCCCAAAAAAAACGGCAAACAAAACGGCACUCCUUUUUG